AUGGGGGAGAACACCAGCCCCAUCAGUGUGAUCCUGGUCAGUUCAGGGAGCAGGGGCAAUAAGUUACUAUUCAGGUACCCAUUUCAGAGAAACCAGGAACACCCUGCAUCCCAGACAAAUAAGCCACGUAGCCGAUAUGCUGUUAACAACACAGGAGACAAUACAGAUGACCAAGAUGGGGACUCCAGCGAGCAAUGUCCUCUAACUGAUGAACAAUUGGUUGCAGGAUUUUCAGAUGUUAUUCUGGCAACGAUCUUGGCAACUAAGUCUGACAUGUGUGGUCAGAAAUUUGAGCUGAAGAUUGAUAAUGUGCGAUUUGUGGGUCACCCCACACUUCUGCAGCAUGCCCUGGGACAGGUAUCCAAAACAGAUCCAUCUCCAAAAAGAGAGAUGCCUACAAUGAUUCUCUUUAAUGUGGUAUUUGCAUUAAGGGCCAAUGCAGACCCUUCUGUGAUAAACUGCCUGCAUAAUCUGUCCCGUCGAAUUGCCAUUGUGCUUCAGCAUGAAGAGAGGCGCUGCCAGUACCUGACUAGGGAGGCCAAGCUGAUCUUAGCCAUUCAGGAUGAAGUAUCUGCUAUGUCUGACAGUGAAGAGGGCCCACAGUCUCCGUUUCAUCAUAUUCUUCCGAAGUGUAAGUUGGCCAGGGACCUCAAGGAGGCUUAUGACAGCCUCUGUACCACUGGUGUGGUACGGUUACACAUCAACAAUUGGCUGGAAGUGAGCUUCUGCCUGCCUCAUAAAAUCCAUUAUGUUGCAACAAAUUUUAUACCUCCUGAAGCCAUUGAAAGAAGCCUGAAAGCUAUCCGGCCUUAUCAUGCUUUAUUGCUACUCAAUGAUGAGAAGUCCCUACUCAAUGAACUCCCACUAGACUGUUCCCCUGCCCUUGUGAGAGUGAUUAAGACCACCUCUGCUGUGAAGAAUCUGCAGCAGCUCGCUCAGGAUGCUGAUCUGGCUCUGCUGCAGGUUUUCCAGCUUGCGGCCCACUUGGUAUACUGGGGCAAGGCCAUUAUCAUCUACCCACUGUGUGAGAACAACGUCUAUAUGCUGUCCCCCAAUGCCAGUGUGUGCCUAUAUUCUCCACUGGCUGAUCAGUUUUCUCGGCAGUUCCCUGCUCACGAUUUGCCGUCUGUUCUUGCCAAAUUCUCAUUGCCAGUUUCCCUAUCAGAAUUCAAGAAUCCUCUUGCUCCACCAGUGCAGGAAACACAACUCAUCCAGAUGGUGAUUUGGAUGCUUCAGCACAGGCUUCUGAUCCAACUACACACAUAUGUUUGCCUGAUGGUGCCCCCCAACGAAGAAGAGAAUCGAACACGAGAGGAUGACGUCCCCUUCACUGCCCGCGUAGGAGGCAGAAGCCUCAGCACACCCAAUGCCUUGAGCUUUGGCUCACCAACCAGCAGUGAUGACAUGACCCUCACCAGCCCCAGCAUGGAGAACUCCAGCGCUGAGCUGCUCCCCAGUGGAGACUCUCCACUGAAUAAGAGGAUGACGGAGAAUCUGUUGGCCAGCUUGUCAGAGCAUGAGAGGGAAGCCAUCCUCAACGUCCCUGCUGCUCAAAACCCUGAAGACCUCCGUAUGUUUGCCAGGCUUUUACAUUAUUUUCGGGGUCGUCAUCACUUGGAAGAAAUUAUGUACAAUGAAAACAUGCGACGAUCCCAACUGCUGAUGCUCUUUGACAAGUUCCGAAGUGUGCUGGUGGUCACCAACCACGAGGACCCAAUUAUUUCAGUUUUCCAGUCACUUCUAAAAUGAGAAGUAUUU